AUGGAAGUGUCUCGAUGCCGCGAUGCUUCAAUGGAUAUACGGGACUAUAUCCACCGAUCUCCUUCACGCUAUCUUGCUCAAAGACGACACGACUCAAGGGGCGUGGGUCGUCUCGAAUCUAUGUUUCAGGACAACAAGGCUUCUCGGGCUACUCAUCUUGAAGAGGAACUUGCGGAUUUUAAUUUUGAGAGUUUUUCGUCGAUUGAUAGCUAUUGUAAUCACAUCAAGUCGUUGGCUGAUCAACUUGCCGAUGUUGAUGCCCCUCUCACCAACAGCAAAUUGGUUCUCAAACUCACGACAGGGCUACCUGAGGCCUAUGCCAGGACGGUAGAUAUCAUCCAAAAUCAAGAACCAUUACCCUCGUUUGCGAGUUGCCGAUCUCGACUCAAGCUUGCAGAGCGAACCAUUAAAAACCGCUUGGGAAAGGAAGGCAACUCCGGCAACCGCUCUCAAGCCACUCUCCUUACGAGCAUCGACAACCACCACGGCACGGACAACAACACCUCUGCAUCCUCUGCUUCAUCCUGUCAGAGUUCCAAAGGAAAUAAGCAAAAAAAGUCCAACUCCAAGGUUUCUGAGAAAAGCCGUAAUAGCAAUGGGCAAGUGGCCCCACAACAAUCUGGACUCAUGCCAUUUAAUUGGCAGCAACAGCCAUGGGCCGCCUGGGCUCCUUGGUUGGCUCAAUGGCUAAACCCGCCUCCAUGCCCAUAUCCUGCUUCCUCAUAG